UCGUGGAGAGAGGAUCUCUUGCGCGUCCUCCGCUCUUCUUCGUUUCUUCGCCACUUCCUCUUGCAACCAAGUAGUAUUUGCGACCAAGUGAAUUCCAGUAGAUACAUCAGUGAACUCGCGAUCGUAGCUCGAGAGCCGUGUGCCACUCGCUCGCUUCAAAGGAAAUGCGGCGCGCGCGAUAGGACGUGUUUCCUCUCUCUCUUUCUCUCUCUCUCUCUCUCUCUCUCUCUCUCUCUCUCUCUCUCGCGUGCCAUCCGCGUUCUAACCUCAAAAAACGGCGAUCCCCGACGCCAUGCAGCUGGUGGAGCUUCGGCAGCGAUCGAGCGCGUGUGCGUCCUGAUGCGCGUUCACUACGCGGUGACGUUCCCGUGUCUCCCCGAGCGAGCGAAUGAACGAUUACGGCGCGCUAAUGAUUUCGCGCGCGGAUCCGCGAAGGGGACGAAAAUCGUGCAGCGAUAUCGAUAAUCAGCGAUAAGAUAUUCCGGGCUUUUCCAGCCGCGUGUCUCCUUUUACUUUUCUCCCUUCCGUACGUAUCUCUCUCUCUCUCUCUCUCUCUCUCUCUCUCUCUCUCUCCCUCCCUCCCUUCUCCCCUUCCGUCUAUACCACGUUCUCGAAAUCGUGACAAGUGCGUGGUAUGUUCGACCUGACGAGGGCGCGACUUUGCACUCCCUUCGAUCAUUCCCGAGCCGCGGAAGUCCAUUCUGCGAAGCGGAUCCUCGUCACUUGACGACGCGUGCUCCUCUGGAUCCCCCUUUCCUGUGCUGGCGGUGAGAUUUUUCGCGACGAUGACAACGGCGCGCGGUCGUUCGCCGCGAGACGCCGACGUCGCUAGGGUCUGACGUCGGAGCCGCUAAUCGGUGACGCCGCGAUCUAUCUCGAACACUCCGCCGCGCUUCGUGGAUCAUCCGCGAGUCCAACGGCCACGUGCCUGUUCCCGUAUUGUGUUGCCGCGCCGGUCCCGCCUGUGAGUUAUGCAGUCUAAUACGAUACUCCGCUCCGACGUCGGCAGUACGGAGAAAUUGAUGGGCAACAACAAUAAUCUCAACAACAACGGCUCGCCGGGGGCGGACAUAAUGUUCCAGAUGGAGGACGAGGGCCUCACGCAGUUGGGCAGCGUCUUUCAAUCGGCCUACCAGUCAAUCGUGGGCGGCGGUCCUCAGUAUGGCUCGGAUGAAUUCGGACAGGACUCGCCGAGAUACACGUCGCCGAAGGGUGCCCUUUACGCGGAUUCCUAUUACAUCGAUGGUAAUACUACAGGAACCGGUCCCGGCGACCCGUGGACGGGUAGCGGCGGUGGUGUCCAACCCCCAUAUAGUGGAUAUGCACCCUCUCACCUGGCGCAGCCAGCCUAUCCCAUGCACCUACCCCACGACCCCAUGGCAUACUCAGCGAUGUCGCCGAAUGGUGAAUCUGCAGCGCCGAUCCUGGGCUCGGCGGUGACCAGUGCGGCUUCCCUGCCGCCAAUGUCGACAUUCCGGGGUAGUGCCGCGGUCGCGGCGAACAGCGGCACAGGGGCGCCGUCGCCGGCAUCGUUGCAAUAUAGCCAUAGUCCUGGUGCACCGACGACCGCGCCUUCCGCGUCCAACACUGCGCCCACGACGAACCAGCAAUCCACCACGGACGACACCCUCGGCAAGACCCUCGCAUCCGUCGUGAGCACUCGAAUUUAUCCCACGGACCAAUCAGUAUCCAGUUAUAGCAGUAAUCCAUCUACACCCGUCAGUUCGCCACCACCUUUAACCGGUUCGGCACCAGGUUGGGCACCUGGAGCCGCGCCAGUAUCUCCGCAUUUUACGGCGGAUCCUAAUCGUGGUAUUCAUAUGCCGGCGCCUGAACAGCAGAGGCUAGACGAUGCCAUCGGCUUCCUUCGCGACCACGCCGAGUUGGUACAGGGAGCACGAAUGGAGGAGCGGUUAGAUGAUGCCAUAAACGUAUUGAGGAAUCACGCCGAAAGUCAAGUAGCCCUUCAUCUUGGCCCAGUUGGUCCACACGGCGGGAUAUACUCGCAUACCUCACCACCGCAGCUAGAACAUUUGGCGAGUCCACAUCCUGCAGUAACGGUGACGCAAUCUCAGGGUUCCUAUCCUGGUCUUACGCCUACGCCCGACACAGAUGGUUCCAUCAAGAUCGAAAGGUUACCUGUGACGAAUGCCAAAUACAUCCCCUUAGAAAAAAGGAAAGAUCCGCCCGAUAGUAGCGGCGGCGAAACGAAACCAUCAAGCAGUGAACUCGCAGCGGCCGGUGUAAUCGGGGCUGCUACAGUUAACUCGACGUCGCAAGGAAAAGGAACGAAGAGAUCGCGUAGAUAUUGUUCGAGCGCUGAGGACGAGGAUGAUGAUCCCGACAUGAAGGCACAAAGGGAGAAAGAGAGGCGGCAAGCAAAUAAUGCUAGGGAAAGGAUACGUAUCAGGGAUAUCAAUGAGGCUCUAAAGGAACUUGGCAGAAUGUGUAUGACACAUCUAAAGACGGAUAAACCUCAAACGAAGCUCGGUAUUCUCAACAUGGCUGUUGAAGUUAUAAUGACACUCGAACAACAAGUCAGAGAGCGGAAUCUUAAUCCGAAGGCUGCGUGUUUAAAAAGAAGAGAAGAGGAGAAAGCCGAGGAUGGUCCGAAAUUACCAGGCCAUCUUGCAGCGCACAUAGCACAUCCGCAUUCUCAUCCACACGCGCACUCCCAACCGCCCUUUCCCGCAUUACCUGGUCCACAACCUUCCCUUCAGCACAAUCCACCACAGCCGCAGUAGCAGCGGCUCAGUGGCGGUAUCAUUCUGUGUUAAGGGGUAGAUACAUCUUAAAAUCAAUAAAAAAACAAGUUUAUGAACAUGACUUACAUACCUAUAUAGGAUUUUUCUCGGCUCUUAUAAGUUGUGGGAAUGUGCAAAAAAUUGUGGAUAUUAUGUGGUGCAUUACAUUAAUAGAAGAAAGAAAA